AUCAUUGAAAGGGGCUGAACCUGAAGGGAAGCAAGUUAAAAACAGAGAGAGGCCCCCAGGAAGCCAGCCCUGGGCACCUUGAGGCGUCUCGGAGGACUCUUCCUGCCUGCCGGGGUUGUCCAGGCCUGCGCUCCAUCCGCCGCACCACUUUCCUGCCUCGUGCCUCCUAGCUGCCCCUGGGAUCUACUGGGACUCUCUAGGAUGUGGCGGUUCCGCUUGGCCCAUGGGGGCCUCAGGCUCCUGAGUGUCCGACGCACCUAUAGCACCACAAGUAGCCGUUUCCAUUACAAGCCCAUCAAGAAAGUCAUGGUGGCCAACAGAGGUGAGAUAGCCAUCCGGGUAUUCCGGGCCUGUGCAGAGCUCGGCAUCCGCACCGUGGCUGUGUACUCAGAACAGGACACGGGGCAGAUGCACCGGCAGAAGGCUGAUGAGGCUUACCUCAUUGGACGGGGCCUAACCCCGGUGCAGGCCUACCUGGACAUCUCUGACAUCAUCAAAGUGGCCAAGGAGAACGGUGUCGAUGCCAUCCACCCUGGAUACGGCUUCUUGUCCGAGAGGGCCGACUUUGCUCAGGCCUGCCAGGAUGCAGGGAUCAAGUUCAUUGGUCCCAGCCCGGAAGUGGUACGCAAGAUGGGGGACAAGGUGGAGGCCAGGGCCAUUGCCAUUGCUGCAGGAGUCCCAGUGGUUCCGGGCACAGACACCCCCAUCUCUUCCCUGCCCGAGGCUCAUGAAUUCUCCAACACCUAUGGCCUCCCAAUUAUCUUCAAAGCUGCCUAUGGGGGCGGGGGGCGAGGCAUGAGGGUUGUGCACAGCUUUGAGGAGGUAGAGGAGAAUUUUAACCGGGCUUAUUCCGAGGCCCUGGCUGCCUUUGGCAAUGGGACGCUCUUUGUGGAAAAAUUCAUUGAGAAGCCGCGUCACAUUGAAGUGCAGAUUCUGGGGGACCAGUUUGGGAAUGUUCUGCAUCUCUAUGAGCGGGACUGCUCCAUCCAGAGGAGGCACCAGAAGGUGGUGGAGAUUGCUCCCGCUGCCCAUUUGGACCCACAACUUCAGAGCCGCCUGACCAGCGAUUCGGUCAAGUUGGCCAAGCAGGUGGGCUAUGAGAAUGCAGGCACCGUGGAGUUCCUCAUAGACAAGUACGGGAAACACUAUUUCAUUGAGGUUAAUUCUCGACUACAAGUGGAGCACACAGUCACUGAGGAGAUCACCAACGUAGACCUCGUCCAUGCCCAGAUCCAUAUAGCCGAGGGCCGGAGCCUGCCUGAUUUGGGCCUUCGGCAAGAGAACAUCCGAAUUAAUGGUUGUGCCAUCCAGUGUCGGGUCACCACAGAGGACCCAGCCCGAGGCUUCCAGCCAGACACGGGCCGCAUCGAGGUGUUCCGGAGUGGCGAGGGCAUGGGCAUACGCUUGGAAAACGCCUCGGCCUUCCAAGGGGCCCUCGUCUCCCCACACUAUGACUCGCUCUUGGUCAAAGUCAUUGCCCAUGGAAAGGACCACCCCACAGCUGCCACCAAGAUGAGCCGGGCACUUGCUGAGUUCCGAGUUCGAGGGGUCAAGACCAACAUCCCCUUCCUGCAGAACGUUCUCAACAACCAGCAAUUCCUGGCAGGCACCGUGGACACCCAGUUCAUCGACGAGAACCCUGAGCUCUUCCAGCUGCGGCCUGUGCAAAACCGGGCCCAGAAGCUGCUGCACUACCUGGGCCACGUCAUGGUAAAUGGCCCCCAGACCCCCAUCGCUACCAAGGCCAGCCCCAGCCCCGAGGAUCCCAUGGUCCCGCCGGUGCCCAUGGGCCCGCCACCGGCCGGCUUCAGAGACAUCCUGCUGCGGGAGGGGCCUGAGGGCUUCGCCCGGGCUGUGCGCAACCACAGGGGGCUGCUGCUGAUGGACACCACCUUCCGCGAUGCCCACCAAUCCCUGCUGGCCACGCGAGUGCGGACCUAUGACCUCAAGAAGAUCGCCCCUUAUGUCGCCCACAGUUUUAACAACCUCUUCAGUGUGGAGAACUGGGGGGGAGCCACGUUCGAUGUUUCCAUGCGCUUCCUGUAUGAGUGUCCGUGGCGGAGGCUGCAGGAGCUCAGGGAGCUCAUCCCCAACAUCCCCUUCCAGAUGUUGUUGCGGGGCGCCAACGCCGUGGGCUACACCAACUACCCUGACAACGUGGUCUUUAAGUUCUGUGAGGUGGCCAAGGAGAAUGGGAUGGACGUGUUCCGCAUCUUUGACUCUCUCAACUACCUGCCUAACCUGCUGCUGGGCAUGGAGGCCGCGGGCAACGCGGGGGGCGUGGUGGAAGCUGCCAUCUCCUACACGGGCGACGUGUCCGACCCCACACGCACAAAAUAUUCUCUCAAGUACUAUUUGGACCUGGCGGAGCAGCUGGUGCGGGCUGGGAUCCACAUUCUGUGCAUCAAGGACAUGGCGGGCCUUCUGAAACCUGCAGCCUGCACCAUGCUGGUGAGCUCCCUGCGAGAUCGCUUUCCAGAUCUUCCCUUGCACAUCCACACCCACGACACGGCUGGCUCAGGUGUGGCCAACAUGCUGGCCUGUGCCGAGGCAGGGGCGGAUGUGGUCGAUGUGGCCGUUGACUCCAUGUCAGGAAUCACUUCCCAGCCCAGCAUGGGGGCCGUGGUGGCCUGCACCAACGGGACCCCUCUGGACACAGGGGUGCCUCUGGAGAGGGUAUCUGACUACAGUGAAUACUGGGAGGGGGCCCGGGGGCUGUACGCGCCCUUUGACUGCACAGCCACCAUGAAGACCGGUAACUCCGAUGUCUAUACCAACGAGAUCCCUGGGGGCCAAUACACGAACCUGCACUUCCAGGCCCAUAGCAUGGGGCUCGGGUCCAAGUUCAAGGAAGUCAAAAGGGCUUAUGUGGAGGCCAACCAGAUGCUGGGAGACCUCAUCAAAGUGACGCCUUCUUCCAAGAUCGUGGGGGACCUGGCCCAGUUUAUGGUGCAGAACGGGCUGAGCCGGGCCGAUGCCGAGGAGAAUGCUGAAGAACUCUCCUUCCCACGCUCGGUGGUGGAGUUCUUGCAGGGAUACAUCGGCACCCCCUACGGGGGCUUCCCCGAGCCCUUCCGCUCCAAGGUCCUGAAGGAUCUGCCUCGAGUCGAGGGGCGGCCCGGUGCCACCCUCCCCUCCCUGGACCUGGUGGCCCUGGAGAAGGAGCUGGAGGAGCGGCACGGCGAGGAGAUCACCCCAGAGGACGUGCUUUCGUCUGCCAUGUACCCCGACGUCUUCCAACAGUUCAAGGAUUUCACAAACACGUUUGGGCCCCUGGAGUGCCUGGACACCCGCCUCUUCCUGCAAGGGCCCAAGAUUGCCGAAGAGUUUGAGGUGGAGCUGGAACGGGGCAAAACCCUGCACAUUAAGGCCCUGGCCAUGGGCGACCUGAACCGGGCCGGACAGAGGCAGGUGUUCUUCGAGCUCAACGGCCAGGUGCGCUCCAUUCUCGUCAAGGACACCCAGGCUAUGAAGGAGAUGCAUUUUCACCCCAAGGCCCUGAAGGAUGUCAAGGGCCAGAUCGGGGCCCCGAUGCCGGGCAAGGUGAUUGACAUCAAAGUAGAAGCAGGGGCCAAGGUGACCAAGGGGCAGCCACUCUGUGUGCUGAGCGCCAUGAAGAUGGAGACUGUGGUGACGUCGCCCAUGGACGGCACUGUGCGAAAGGUUCACGUGGCCCCUGACAUGACCCUGGAGGGGGACGACCUCAUGCUAGAGAUCGAGUGACCCACGGUUCUCCCUUGUCCCCAGUGCCUUAGCAUUGGAGGCCUGCUCCCCCCCCCCUCGUUCUUUAGUAGACGCUGCUGCUGUCUGGGCCGGAGAGGGCAGCUCACCAGGCUGAUGUGGCUGCCCUGGGACCAGCUGCUCUCGGGGAGGGGACCGAGAGAGGGUCCUCCCCUUCCCCAACUGCCUGGCAUGUCCUGCCAUCUGCAGGACACGUUUCUUUGCCAAAUCGGUGCCCUCUCUUCAGGAGGAGGGGGCGGUCCAGGCCAGGAAGGUCAGGGGGACAAGACCUCCUCAUUUCAGCCGAGACAGACUCAAACACUCAAUAAAGCCGAUUGUCAUCUC